AUGUUUGCCCAAGGUCAAUCCAUGGACCAUCCUCCCAAAUUAUGCGGAACUAACUACCCGGCAUGGAAAGAUUGGAUGUCAAUCCUCAUCCAUGCCUAUGACUACCGAACGUGGAAUGUCAUCACCGAAGGAGACUACACCUUAAAGAAUGAGGAAGGCGAUGACAUACCAAUUGGGAAACUUCCCAAGGUUGAUGCAAAGCUGGCACAACUGAAUUUUAAGACUAAGAACUUCCUUUAUUGUGCUAUGAACAAUGAAGAGUGCAACCGAAUCUGUGGAUGCAACAUGGCUAAGGAGAUAUGGGAAAAGCUUCAGGUAACGUAUGAAGGAACGACCCAGGUAAAGAAAUCGAAAAUUUAUAUGUUGGUUCAAGAAUAUGAAAUGUUUAAAAUGGAAGAGAGUGAAACAAUUACUGCUUUGUUUACUCAUUUUACACAUAUCACAAAUGGACUAAAAGCUUUUGGUAGAGAAUACUCUAUGGAAGAUAAUGUGUAG